CGAUGGCGAAGAAGCCUUUUGUGGUUCCGGCACCAAAGGAGUCUUCAGGUAAGAUAGAGAUGUUCUCACCUGGUUAUUACGCUGCUUGUACUUUUGGAGGUGUUAUGAGCUGUGGUCUCACCCACAUGGCCGUCACCCCCCUCGAUCUUGUCAAGUGCAACAUGCAGAUUGAUCCUGCAAAGUACAAGAGCAUUUCCUCUGGUUUUGGUGUUCUGCUCAAAGAGCAGGGUGUUAGAGGCUUCUUUCGGGGUUGGGUUCCUACCCUGAUUGGUUACAGUGCUCAGGGAGCUUGCAAAUAUGGAUUCUAUGAAUAUUUCAAGAAGUAUUACUCAGAUCUUGCCGGCCCAGAGAAUGCUGUCAAGUACAAGACUUUGAUAUACCUUGCUGGUUCUGCAUCUGCUGAGGUUAUUGCUGAUGUUGCUCUCUGCCCUUUCGAGGCUGUCAAAGUGCGCGUCCAAACUCAGCCUGGUUUUGCCCGAGGCUUGUCUGAUGGGCUUCCUAAAUUUGUUAAGGCUGAAGGAGCUGCAGGGUUAUACAAGGGGCUUACUCCUCUCUGGGGACGACAGAUACCAUACACGAUGAUGAAGUUUGCAUCAUUUGAAACCAUUGUGGAACAACUGUACAAACAUGUCAUCCCAACACCAAAAGAGCAGUGCAGUAAAUCUACGCAGCUUGGUGUGAGCUUUGCUGGUGGAUAUUUAGCUGGUAUUCUUUGUGCUAUUGUGUCACACCCUGCUGAUAACCUCGUUUCUUUCCUCAACAAUGCUAAGGGGGCAACUGUCGGCGAUGCUGUGAACAAGCUAGGCGUAAUGGGUCUUUGUACUCGCGGUCUUCCUCUUCGUAUAGUCAUGAUUGGUACACUCACUGGAGCACAAUGGGGCAUCUAUGACUCUUUCAAAGUUUUUGUUGGCCUGCCAACGACCGGUGGUGCAGCUCCAUCGAAGCGAAGAGGAAAAUGUGAAUAAUUUAUGAUGAAAAUUCUUCUCCAGUACUCAAUAUCUCUUUCAUUUACUGGCAGAGGGAAAAUGGAAAUAUUUUUCCAUCUUAAAGUUUGUUUGAACAGUGUAGGAAAUUUUGUGCAUUAAUUCAAGCUUUGCAGUAAGAUCUAAUAUUUUGUUGGGAGGAUGAAUUAUCCUCAAGAUGGUUGGUUACUGAAGAAGCAUUUUGUAAUGAUGAUUUUUGAUUUUACAAUAAUAUGUUAAUUCCUUGUUUUCACGUGA